AUGCCUCCUAAGAGACCACCCCGCGCGCGUCGCACAAAAGAGAGUGCGAAGGCCGUAAUAUCACCCCAAGAAAAGCCACUGACGUCGUCAUCUUCUGGCGAAGCGUUGGGUGGUAGUGGUAAUGAAGUAAAAAGAACAAAUGAGACACCGGUUGCUAGAGUCGCGCGCCCACUGAACAGUCCGUCCGUUCGUGCAGUGAGUGAAAAAGCGCCGAGCCCAACGGGCUUCGGACCGUGCCAUGUAAUUGGUGUCCUUUUAGCUGUUGUACUCACGUGUGUUUGGUCCAUUUUCCCCCCGUGGGAUGCGACCGAUGCUCCUCCUUGCCACUGUUUCCCAGCGGGAGGUGAAGUACAACAGGCCAUUGCGAGCAGGAUGUUUGGUGUCACUGGCAUUCAUCUUCGGGGUGCCGGCCACUCCGCCGUAGAGGAGAGUUUAAGGGGGCUAUCAUCGUGCGGGAAGCUGUACACACUAGAAAACCAGUUUGACGGCGUUGGUUCGUUUAUGCAACGUUUGCAGCAUGAUGCCAAAGGGACGCGUUGUGUUGUUUGGUUGGUUAAGGAUCUCUCAGUUGUAAAGCAUGUUGACAACGCGUUGAAGGAGCUUCUAGAGGAUAAUACACUUCGCGGGAAUCGUAUUCUCCCCGAUGGGGCGCGUGGCCUGUUUAUCGUGUUGUCCAAUCAGAGCCGAGAGGAAAUAAAAGGGUUGCUGCCUCACCGUGUUGUUCACCAGUUCCGCACAAUCAACCUUCCGGCGAAGAAAUGA